AUGCACCAUGGCAAAGGAACAACAUUGUUGAUGGAGACCAAAGACCAUAGCCUCCAUGCUGCCCCCAGGGUCCCACUGCAGAAUGACAUCUUGAAACAGGGGCCUCCUGAGACCAGCCAGAAGAAAAUCAUCGAGCACUCCAAGGCUCAUGGGAGCUCUAUAGAUUAUCGCAGACAGGGCACUCAGCCUUCUCGGGCCAUACUGGUGGACAUGAUAUCAGGUCUUCCCAGAAUUCCUGCCAGUGAAAUGGAGAGGAACUACAGAACAAUAGAUCUCAACAAGGCCUCUAUAGACCUGUUCAGACAGGGAACCCAGCCCUCUAGGGCCGUCCUGGUGGACCUCAAUACAGGGCUCCCCAGGUUACCACUCAGCGAGAUGGACAGGACCUAUGUGCUGUCAGGGCAUAAAAAUGAAGGUGAACAUCUUGAGAUCACUGAACUGAAGGCACCAGCCCUGAUUAAAGGCCUCCAUGCUGCUCCCAGUGUUCCAGUUAGGAAUUACAUCCUGAAUCAGGGGCCUCCUAUGUCCAGCCAGACCAAAAUCAUUGAGCACCCCAAACCUAAUGGGAGCUCUAUAGAUUACCGCAAACAGGGCACACAGCCUUCUCAGGCCAUACUGGUGGACAUGAUGUCAGGCCUUCCCAGAAUUCCUGCCAGCGAGAUGGAGAGGAACUACAGGACAACAGAGUCAGAGCGGUGCCAGGGACAGGUCAUUGAUGGCAAGUGUUACCAGUUCUUUGCCAGCCCACGGACCUUCAGUGAGGCGGAGUCCACCUGCAGGGAGCUCUUCCCAGGAGGACAUCUGGCCUCGGUGACUUCCCCAGCUCUGCACUCCCACCUCAUCUCUUUGGUUAUCAACACCAAUGGAGGCCCAGCACUCACCUGGCUGGGAGCCUUUAAUUUCAAUCAUCUAAAUAAUGGCCAAUUUGUGUGGACAGAUGAUUCUGCCUGGGACUACACUGCCUGGCUUCCUGGACAGCCUCACAUCCAGGGCAAAGAGAACUGCCUGGAGAUGUUUAAGAUGGAUGUGGAGCUGUGGAGUGUGGUGGACUGUGGCAUGAGAAGAGCCUUCAUAUGCUCUUAUUCAGUGACUGUGUGAGGAACUGGGUAGUCUGACUGGAGUGUAUUACUUAGAUACUUAAGAGUCAGCAUCUCGUUCACUCCCUUUUAAAAUGUUCCAAUUAACCAUCUGUAAU